GCUCUCCAGGAGGCCGGGGGGCCCACUCCGCCUAUCGCUCCCCGCGGCUACGCUGCCACUUCAAUGCCCCGCAGGUCGCGAGCUGCUGUUCUUUCGCAGGCGUCGGAGAAUCAGAGGCGUCCCGCGCCACCUCUGACUCGGAGCAGCGCCGAGCACUGAAGCUCGCGCCCUUGGGCACGGACGCCAGUGCGCUCGCGCGCGUCCCUCUGCGCGGCAGCCGGUCGCAGGCCCUCAAGGGGAAGGCCAGGCCAGGAUGACCCCGGGCCGGGCGGUGGCGGGGCUCCUGCUGCUGGCGGCCGCAGGUCUCGGAGGAGUGGCGGAGGGGCCAGGGCUCGCCUUCAGCGACGAUGUGCUGCGCGUGUUCGGCGCGAAUCUGAGUCUGUCAGCGGCGCAGCUCCAACACUUGCUGGAGCAGAUGGGAGCCGCCUCCCGCGUGGGCGUCCCGGAGCCUGGCCAGCUGCACUUCAACCAGUGUUUAACCGCUGAAGAGAUCUUUUCCCUUCAUGGCUUUUCAAAUGCUACCCAAAUAACCAGCUCCAAAUUCUCUGUCAUCUGUCCAGCAGUCUUACAGCAAUUGAACUUUCACCCUUGUGAGGAUCGGCCCAAGCACAAAACAAGACCAAGUCAUUCAGAAGUUUGGGGAUAUGGAUUCCUGUCAGUGACAAUUAUUAAUUUGGCUUCUCUCCUCGGAUUGAUUUUGACUCCACUGAUAAAGAAAUCUUAUUUCCCAAAGAUUUUGACCUUUUUUGUGGGGCUGGCUAUUGGGACUCUUUUUUCAAAUGCAAUUUUCCAACUUAUUCCAGAGGCAUUUGGAUUUGAUCCCAAAGUCGACAGUUAUGUUGAGAAGGCAGUUGCUGUGUUUGGUGGAUUUUACCUACUUUUCUUUUUUGAAAGAAUGCUUAAGAUGUUAUUAAAGACAUAUGGUCAGAAUGGUCAUACCCACUUUGGAAAUGAUAACUUUGGUCCUCAAGAAAAAACUCACCAACCUAAAGCAUUACCUGCCAUCAAUGGUGUGACGUGCUAUGCAAAUCCUGCUGUCACAGAAGCUAAUGGACAUAUCCAUUUUGAUAAUGUCAGCGUGGUAUCUCUACAGGAUGGAAAAAAAGAGCCAAGUUCAUGUACCUGUUUGAAGGGGCCCAAACUGUCAGAAAUAGGGACGAUUGCCUGGAUGAUAACGCUCUGCGAUGCCCUCCACAAUUUCAUCGAUGGCCUGGCGAUUGGGGCUUCCUGCACCUUGUCUCUCCUUCAGGGACUCAGUACUUCCAUAGCAAUCCUAUGUGAGGAAUUUCCCCACGAGUUAGGAGACUUUGUGAUCCUACUCAAUGCAGGGAUGAGCACUCGACAAGCCUUGCUAUUCAACUUCCUUUCUGCAUGUUCCUGUUAUGUUGGGCUAGCUUUUGGUAUUUUGGUGGGCAACAAUUUCGCUCCAAAUAUUAUAUUUGCACUUGCUGGAGGCAUGUUCCUCUAUAUUUCUCUGGCAGAUAUGUUUCCAGAGAUGAAUGAUAUGCUGAGAGAAAAGAUAAUUAAAUGGGCUACUGGUGACAUCAAAUUUCAACUUCAUUUACUUUGGAUAUAUACGGUAAGAAUACCAAGGAACAAUUUUAAUGGGUAGGGCUUGCAUGUUUUAAAGUUUAUACAAUGGCUUAAUUCCUUCUGCAGUGACUGCAUGUUAUCCCCACAACAGUAUAGACCAACUAGUAGUAAAACCCAAUGAGGCAACACAUGGAUAAUUUAUUGCUAUGCUUAUGGUUUGCUUAGGGGUCAUAGGAAAGAAAAGUAAAGAUGAAAAGUUAUGGAAAUCUUGGAAGAAUUCAAAAAGGAAAUUCUUCCUUCUCGCAAAAAGCUGAGGAAGUUUUUAAAACUUGUUUCACUCUGUAUUUUGUGGCAAGCUCCAUUAGCAGACCUCACAGACACUGCGGAUGGUGUCUGACUUCCAGGAAAUAGAGAGGCUCAGAGGAGGGCUGCAAAGUGCCUUUGCAGGUGAAGUGAGGAGAGUUGUUGCUACCUCAGCUUGACCUUCAGUCCUAGAGUUUGUUGGGACAAAGGGUAGUUGAAUAUUCCCUUGGUCUAGUGUGAGCCGAGUGGUGUAUAAGAUCUGGUUUGGAACAAUUUCAAAUCCUGUGUAAGAGGGGUACUAUCUUGAAAAUAGAAGAAGGUUGGUACUGAGUGGACUUCUGGAAAACCAAGGACUAAGUCAUGUGGGGCAAUUGGAGAACUAGAUUACAUCACUUGGCAGGAGCCCUCUGAAGAAUCCCAAAAGUGCCUGUAAGAGAAUGGUUAGUCUUAAGCAUUUGUCAGACAGCAUUAAGCCACAUUUUGACAGUAUCUGUCAAGUAUAAAUGUUUUUAUCCCCUCUUUUCUUUCCUUCAUCUAAGCACUUAACCCUGGAGGGGCCAAAAGCCAAUUAGCAAACAGUGGGGAAUGAGGAAAUAGAAGGAUUCCUUCUCAGAAAUCUUACCUUUGAAUACAAAUUGAAUUAUGGAUUGAUGCAUUGGAUUAGACACUUUCUAUAAUUGACUUGAGACUAUGUGUCUUCAAGUGAUUGUAGGAUUUUAUAUUCCCUCAAAGUCCUGUGUCAGAACAGCUGCAUUGUGCCACCCCAAGUUUCAUCCAGGGGUAGGAGAAGGUCUAGCCAGUCCUUCUCCCCCAAGAAGACUUACAAGGACAGUGAGGAACAAAAUUAAAGUUGUUUAGUUACCCCUGUGAGAACUACAUGUUAAUAUACUGAUUAUAUCUGCCCUUUAAAAAUUAGUACUUAACAACAAGCCUGUGAAAUGGGUUCUGUUUUUAAUACGAGGCCAGUCUGCAGGUGAGAAGUUGCAAAGGAACCACGUGCUUAGGGCUGCAGCCAGGCAAGAGCAUGAUCAAAGCCCUUCCACCCACACUGCUGACCUCUUGCAGCAGCUGCAAACAGCAGGAGAGCCCCUUCCUCUUGCAGUAUCCCUCCAGCGCCCUCUACUGAGACAGCUCAAUAUCCUGCUCACUGUAAUGGAUGGGUGCUAAAGGAAUUCUGUUCAUUAUGACAGAGCAUGUAUUUAGAGUGAAUCUGGAGUUCAGCAGCAGUAAGCUGAUAAGUGGCACAGGGAGACAUUACGCUGUGACAAAUGACAUCAUUCUGUGGUGAUGGGACUUCGUGCAUUUGCUAUGUUGGGGACAUAGACUUUUCAACUGUACAAGGUGGGGAUCCACUCUCCACCCUUCUGUAUCCUUCCCCAGAGACUGACCCACAUGGACCUCAAUGGGUAUAGCCAAAUGGAGAAUGUCAACAAGAGACUGGAGGAAGUGAGGAGAGAAAGGAUAGAGUAUUGAUUUCCUUGACUGUCCUCCUAUUGGGUAUCCUUGGGCUGCCUGUUUUGCUCAAGAAGGCCUGCUCCAGAGAAAAGCUUCUUAAAAUAUCUGUGGUGAAGACCCAGCGUGUUUUCCUUAUUUCCAAUUUAUCAAUAGCUGACACUUCUGUAAAUAGAUAGAAUUGAAAGAAAUUACUAGAAAAACGAAAUACAAUUAAAAAUAAA